AUGCCGAUCGCACCGCCAUGCAGCGCAGGAGGAAUCCCCGUACGGACGUGCCACGUGUCGCUCGAGGGGAUGGUCUUUCACGGGUUUCACGGGGUUCUUCCCGAGGAGCGCGUGUUGGGGCAGAAGUUCGUGGUUGACACGUGGAUGUGGCUUGCGGAUUCGCCGCACCAACAUACGUUACAAGAGGAUUCGUUACAAGAACAUCCGUUUGAUUACUCUCACGUCUACAACAUUGUGCGUGCGGAAAUAACUGGCCCCCCUCACCUCCUAUUGGAGAGCCUGGCGUAUUCCGUGGGCCGCCAGCUGCUGCUGACGUGUCCUGAGCUGGCACGCGUGGCUCUCCGCGUCAGCAAGCCACAUGUCGCCUUCACAGGGGUGCUCAAAUCCGUGGGAAUCCAGCUGGAGUGCAAAAGGCAAACACUAAGGGAAGGCGUACAAAUGGGUGACACUGAAGAGAAGAAGGACAGACGAGGAGAGGAGGGGGAGGGGGAGGGAGGGGAAAUGCAGGGGCAGCGGGAUAUUGAGACCCUUUUAAACAAGACAGAAAGAGAAGAGGAGGACGAAAGAGGGGGGAAGCAGGGACAAGGGGAUGCGACGGUGGUGGUGGUGGAAGGAGAGAGUAGUAUGCUGGUGCUGGAAGGACAGGGCGGGGCAGGGGGGGGGCAGGAGCGGCGAGAUGCUGCUGUGGUGGUGGUGGAAGGAGAGAGUAGUAUGCUGGUGCUGGAAGGACUGGUGUUCUAUUGCCAAGGCAGGGGGGGGAGAGGCGAGGGGAAAAAGGGGGGAGAAGGGGGAGAGGGAGGGUUUUCCGGUGCAGGUGUCAAGAAUUCUCGUGCUGGCGUUGAGAGCUGUUAUACACGUGUGGAGGUGGACGUGUGUGCGUGGGUGAACCUGGCUGCUGCAGCGCAGUCAGAUGAGCUUCAAGACUCGGUGGACUAUGGGGAGAUCUACACCAUUGCACGACGGCACGUUGAGAGCCAUCAAUCCCCCCCACUCGCCUCCCUCGCACUCCCCCCUCUCGCCCGCACCAUCGCUAUGACCAUCCGCACAUCCCUGCCCCGCGUGAAGAGAGUGUGGGUGCGCCUGGCCGCUCCUGCUCCCGCCUCCCUGCCUGGGGUGGUUGGUAGCGCUGCAGCACAGGUCACCCUCUAA